AUGGUUGGCCCACACGGGCGCGGACAAGGCAGAAAUGGAGGCCAUCUCUGCAACGAACAAGGCCGUCACGAGGGUGUACAGGGCCUGAGGCCUGAGGACGCGGGCUACAUCCUGUUCAUCACGGCAGACCAUGGGAACGCGGAGCAGAUGAUCAACCCCGCCGAGACGGAUGCGCCGCACACGGCACACACGACGAUCGAUCCGGUCAGGCCGUUCAUCAUGACGGGCGACCCGAAGAAAUUCCACUUUACUGUCGACAAGAAGGACGGAGGAGGGAGGUGUGCUGAUGUCCUCGUUGCUCUCACAACGUUUUAUAUGACUCAGGGAUUGCCUAAGCCCGAAGGCGAGUGCGAGUAG